UUUGUGUUCGUCAUUCUCGUAGCUCCAAACUCUUCGAAUUUUGUGGCGCAGAUUCAGAAAUCACAGUGAAUAUACAGAUAGUGAAAAGUUGCUCUGCUCUGCUCGGUAAUGAUGCUUACGGGAGACAUACCACCGAAUCAAACUAUUUACAUUAAGAACUUAAACGAGAAGGUCAAGAAAGAAGUGUCUUUCUCAAGUAGCUAUAGAGGAAUGGCUUCAUCGGCAAAGACACCAGGUCUUGACAAGCCUAACCCAGCUGAAGAUUGGACUGUUGUAUUGCCUCGUCGUGGAAAACAGAAAAGAAUUUUUCAUAAAGUUAUCAUUCACGAACGGCAAAAACAAGAACAAGUGUGGACUCCAGCAGAUAUUGAGACCAAUCCUGAGAGAGAAUCUAAAUUGAUGCAAAAAAUACAAACCUGCAUGAGGAAACUCGAGAGCUCUUCCUUCUGGUUGACAUUUUUGGAUCAGUUAGAAACCCCUGAAAUAUUUGAUAGGUUUCUAAAAGCUGUGGGAUCAGAAGGAAAGAUGCAGAUGGUAAUAUAUGGAAUUGGUAGCAUAGAAUCAUAUGAGCCUCCUAGAUUACAGCUUAGUCUUGCAAUCUUAAUGAAAAGAAUGUUUAGUUGGAUUGGGGAGGUAGAGGUAUUUGAUCCAGUGAUCUCUCUGGCAGAAUCUAGGGUGCUGACAGCUCUCGGUUGUUCUGUCCUAACAGUCAAUGAACAGGGUAGACGGCAAGCUUUAAGACCUACGAUGUUCUUCAUGCCACAUUGUGAUGCUGAACUAUAUGAGAAUCUUCUAGAGGCAAAUUGGAGGCAUGAUCUAUUGGGUAAUAUGAUACUGUUUGGAAAUAGUUUUGAGGCGUAUGAGCAACACGUGUCAGAGUGCAAAAACCUUAGACUUGCUGAUUCUAGGAAGCAUAUCAUAGCAAUCAGGCAGUUUGUAAAUGAGCUUCCCAUUGAUUCUAGGAAGCAGAUUGUAGCAUUCAGGCAGUUUGUAAAAGAGCGUUCCAUUGAUCCCUUUUCAGACGAUCAAUUUCGUGCCUUCCAUGGUUCAAGUUGGCAUUUUUUCGACAUUGAUCCUCAUUCAGAUUUAUGUGAUGCUAAACCAUGAACACUUUUUUUUCUGGAUUGUACCUCUUCAUUGGAACUGAAUAUCAAAAUUUUAUUAUGAUUUAGGAAAAUGUUCUUUCUUUA